AUGGCAUUCCUUUGCUUUCUGAUCCCCUGCUUUGUGAUCGGCACUGAUAUCGCUUUCUCUUGCCAGAAUACUCAUGACUUUGUGGGUGCCAGUUCUCCAGGGGACAUUGUUCUUGGAGGCUUGUUUGCAGUUCAUAGUGAAAUGCUGCGUUCAGAAGAACAUCCCAUCAUGCCAGUAAUUCAGAACUGUGCUGGCUUUGAAAUUCAAAUUUUUCUUCAGACACUCGCAAUGAUACAUGCUAUUGAAACAAUCAACAAUUCAACCCUGCUAUCUGGAGUUACUCUGGGCUACGAAAUUUAUGACACAUGUGCAGAAGUCACAAAAGCCAUGGCAUCUGCUCUGAGGUUUCUGUCUAAAUUCAAUUCUUCUGAGGAUGUUGUAGAGUUCAAGUGUAACUACUCAGACUAUAUCCCAAGAAUCAAGGCAGUCAUUGGAGCCAGCUACUCGGAGGUGUCCAUGGCAGUUUCAAGGCUGUUGGCUUUGCAGCUGAUCCCACAGGUCAGUCCUGUGUCAUCAGCUGAAAUCCUCAGUGACAAAAUCCGGUUUCCUUCUUUCUUCAGGACUAUCCCCAGUGAUUUCCAUCAGACAAGAGCAAUGGCCCACUUGAUCUCUGAGUCUGGAUGGAACUGGAUUGGAGUAAUAGCCACCGAUGAUGACAAUGGGCGCUUUGCUCUGGAGAGCUUUGGAGUCCAGGCCAUGGCAAACAAUGUUUGCAUAGCUUUUAAGGAAAUGCUGCCUGCCUAUCUCUCUGACAACACCUUUCACACUAAAGUUGAUCAUGCCAUUGAGAAGAUUGUCAAGGAAACCAGAGUAAAUGUUAUUGUUGUCUUUAUGAGACAGUUCCACGUGCUCAAACUAUUUCAGAAGGCAAUUGAGAAGAAUGUAAAUAAAAUCUGGAUUGCAAGUGAUAAUUGGUCAGCUGCAGUCAAAAUCAGUACAAUUCCAAAUAUCAGACAGCUGGGGACCAUUGUGGGAUUUGGAUUUAAAAGCGGAGACUUCUCCACAUUCCAAGACUUUCUUAGAAACCUUCGUGAAAAGCCCACUGACAACAACAAGUUUUUACAUGAAUAUAUUAUGCUUUUGUCAGUCUGCGCACAUCUGGAGUACCACGAUUUUCAAACGUGCAUUUCAAACCAGUCCCAAGAUGAUUUAUUGCAAAACGUUGAAAAUAACCAUCAGCUCUGGAGAGACGAUUUUUUGAAUGCUAACAUUGAACCAGGGUUUAUCCAUAGCACGAUACUUGCAGUCUAUGCCAUUGCUCAUGCCAUUAAAGGGCAAUGCAAAGACAGAAACUGCAAGGAUCCCUCUGCCUUCACUCCCUGGGAGCUUCUUGAAGAACUAAAAAAUGUUAUAGUGGUUGAUGAUGAUAAAGAAAUCAAGUUUGAUGCCAAUGGAGAUAUGAGCACCAGUUACAACGUACUACUUUGGAAAGAAAUUGAUGGACACAUGGAAAUCACAACUGUGGCAGAAUAUGACCCAGACAAAGGUGAUUUUAUCUUUGAGGAUGAGGAGAAAAGAAAAGAAUUUCUGGAUUUAAAGAAGGUUCAGUCAACAUGUUCCCAGCACUGCAGGCCAGGACAGAUGAAAAAGGUUACAGAAAGUCCACACACAUGCUGCUAUGAAUGUGUUUACUGCCCAGAAAACCAUUACAGCAAUCAAACAGAUAUGGAUUACUGCUACCGAUGUAACAACAAAACCUACUGGGCUCCAGUCAACAGCACCACAUGCUACAGAAAGACAAUCCAUUUCCUCUCCUGGACCGACUGGUUUGCUAUUUUCCUCCUCCUCCUCUCUGCUUUUGGGGUUGUGUUGGUUUUGUCAAUUAGUGUGAUAUUUACUAAAAACUUGAACACACCAGUGGUGAAGGCAUCUGGAGGCCUCACCGUUUGCUAUGUUAUUCUCUUCAGCCACUUCUUAAUUUUUUUAAGCACUGUCUUCUUCAUAGAUGAACCCACAGAAUUCAAAUGUAAAACUAGGCAAGCCCUCUUUGGCAUAAGUUUUACACUCUGCGUUUCAUGUAUUUUAAUAAAGUCACUAAAAAUUUUACUAGCCUUCAGCUUUGAUCCCAAGCUGCAGAAUUUUCUGAAAUGCCUCUAUAAACCUGUUCCCAUUGUGGUCACCUGCACUGGAGUUCAAGUUAUCAUUUGCACCUUCUGGCUAAUAUUUAGGACACCUUUUGUAAAGCAAAAUUUCUCAAUUCCAAGAGCAAUAAUUCUGGAGUGCUAUGAGGGCUCUAUUGUGGCUUUCGGAAUUAUGCUGGGCUAUAUUGCUGCCCUAGCUUUCAUUUGCUUCAUAUUUGCCUUUAAAGGUAGGAAGUUACCAGAGAACUACAAUGAAGCCAAAUUCAUCACCUUUGGCAUGUUAAUCUACUUUAUAGCGUGGAUUGUAUUUAUCCCCGUCUAUGCAACUACAUUUGGCAAAUACCUGCCAGCAGUGGAAAUCAUUGUUGUUUUAAUAUCCAAUUAUGGAAUCCUCUGCUGCACUUUUCUUCCGAAGUGCUAUAUCAUCAUUUACAAGCAAGAAACAAACACCAAAUCUGCCUUUCUCAAAAUGAUUUACACAUAUUCCUCCAAGAGCGCAGGCAGUGUUGCUGUUAGUCAGAUUUCUUUGGAUUCAAAGUCCUCCAGCUUCCGAGCUACUGUCUCAGACUCGUGUAAACCUGAGGAAAACUCUGUGAAUGGAAAUUGCCAUUUCCAAGCACCUGAGCAGAGACUAAUAAAAGAGAAAGUUCUUCCUAAAAGUACUGCAAGGGCUAUGGCCAGGAAAAGACCCUCCAGCAUAUGA